CGGACAUGGCCGCUGUUUCGGCAAUACAACACCUGCAAUGUUUUGUAAAUUCAUUUUUAUAAAAUGAAUGAAGUCUUUUGUACUUUUGUGUAGUGUUUAGUGGAUUGUGUGAAAUUCUGUGAUAACUGUAAUGGAUGCAGAGAGUGAGCAAGAAAUACAAAGAGCUCAUGAUGCAAUUCAAACGAUAGAGACUCUUCAGUCGAUGAUCGACGUUUCAGCUGAUAGACUUGAGGGUUUGAGGACGCAAUGUUCGACCAGCGCCGAGCUGACGCAGCAGGAGAUCCGGACCCUGGAGGGCAAGUUGGUGAAACAUUUCUCCCGGCAGCUGUACAUCAAGGCCCGGUUCGGUGAGGAGUUGCAGCAGGAGCUCACGGACGUGCCUAAAUUGUCGCAGUGGCUCCGAGUCGUCGGGCUCAGUCAGGACUCUAUAGAGUCGGUGUGUUCUCGUGUUGCAACGCUAGAAGCUCUAAGGGAGCGGUCAGACCAUGAAAUGCGCGCGUUGUUGCCAGCUGCGCGCGAUGAAGAAGUCCGAAGGCUGUGUCGCGCUAUGCAUCGGUUGCAGACCUACACUGAGGCCCUGUCCCGCGGCGAUGCGGGCGCGGAGCUGCAGCUGUUCUGGGACUCGUGGGAGCGCCACGAGCGCCACGCGCGCGGCUCCCCGCGGCUGCGGCGUCCGCCCGACAAGGGCAACUCCUUGCACACCACGCCCCACCACCAGAAAGGUGGGAAAUCCCCAACAACACCCGUGGGCAAGCGCAAGCAAAACUCGACCUUACCUCCUCCCGCGGCGCUCACGAAGUCAAGGUCGCAUGAGUCACAACUGUCUGUUAGACCUGAUGCCUCGGACCUUAGUGACAACAGUCAAUCGUCGCUGGCGGGCGGGGCGGAGUCGCCGCCCGCGUCCCCACGUGAGCCCGACCCCGCGCCCCCCGCUAGACCCGCCCCACACUAUAACAAUUCCAGCGUAGCCGUGGGCCUAGUAGGCAUGAGUGGAGCCCCAAGAUCACCCAGGACUCCAACAGUCAGCCGAUGUAUGGCGCACGAUAUCGCGCACAGAUUUACAAAGAGCUUCAACAUGAUUGCGACCUGCGAUUAUUGUGAUAAACAGAUGUUAUUUGGAUCUGGGUUGAAGUGUAAGGAGUGCAAGUUUAAAUGUCAUAGAGACUGUGAAAGUAAAGUUCCUCCAUCGUGCGGCCUACCACCUGAAUUCGUAGCAGCGUUCAAAGACAAGUUCCAUAAAGACGGCGGGUACUACUGCAGCGCGGCGUCGCCAGCGUCGGGCCGCGGGCUGCUGGCGGCGCUCGCCGGCGCCCGCGCCCGCCGCUACCAUCGCCCGUCGCGACCCCCGCCGCACCACAAUUACUCGUGCUACUGUUCCCAGGGCGGGCCCGACUCGUCGUCCAACACGUCGUCGUGCAACAGCUCCACGCCCUCCUCCCCCGCGCUGCAGCACGCGCAGCAUCACCACAACGCGGUCAACUUGCCGCACAAGCAGCAGUUCCAUUUCCCUGAACCAGCGGUGUCAAGCCCGAACCAGCCCCCGCACCCCGCGCACCCCGCGCACCCCGCGCACCCCGCGCGCCCAGCGGAUAAUAAAGACGAACUCACAUCCAGUGUUAAAAGUGAUAGUUCCCGUGGCGUGUCGCUCAGCGGCUCAGGGUCGACGGACAGCGGGGGCGCCAUACGAGGGGACUCCCUGGACCUCGGCAAGCACUCGGACUCGAGAUGGCCUAGGCAAAAUAGCUUGUCGAUGAAAGAGUGGGACAUCCCAUACGAUGAGUUGAAGCUGUUCGAGGUUAUAGGCACGGGUCGGUUCGGCACAGUGUACCGCGGCAGCUGGCACGGCGCCGUCGCCGUCAAACUGUUGCACGUCCACUCGCUGAGCGACGAUUGUGUGCCGUUAGAUACCUUCAAACAUGAGGUGGCGACGUUCAGAAAAACGCGCCACGAAAAUUUAGUUCUAUUCAUGGGCGCGUGUAUGAAACCGCCGCGCUUGGCGAUCGUGACGUCACUGUGCAAGGGAAUGACUCUGUACACACACAUCCAUUUGAGAAAGGACAAGUUUACUGCGAACAAGAGUGUCAUAGUGGCGCAGCAGAUUUCACAGGGUAUGGGGUAUCUGCACGCGCGCGGCAUCGUCCACAAAGACCUGAAGACUAAGAACAUUUUCCUCGAGAACGGGAAAGUGGUUAUCACCGACUUCGGCCUUUUCAGUGUCACCAAACUGUGUUUUGGCAACAACGCCCGCGGAGACAGCCUCGGCAUCCCGCCGGGCUGGCUGUGCUACCUCGCGCCGGAGCUCUGUCGGGCGCUCCGCCCCCACGCCUCCUUGCAUCUGCCCUUCUCCAAGACCACCGACGUCUACGCCUUCGGCACGGUAUGGUACGAGCUUCUAUGUGGAGAGUUCCCUUUCAAAGGUCAACCGCCGGAGGCGAUCAUAUGGCAGGUCGGGAAGGGCGUCAAACAGUCGUUAGCGAAUAUGCAAGCUUCCAGAGACAUCAAGGAUAUCCUGAUGCAGUGCUGGUCGUACGUGUCGUCGUCGCGGCCGCAGUUCCCGCUGCUGCUGAGCACGCUGCAGAAGCUGCCUCGCAAGCGUCUCGCGCGCUCUCCCUCGCACCCCGUGCAGCUGUCUCGCUCUGCCGACUCUGUGUUCUGAACUAAGUGUGUGCUCGUCAAGUGUAUUCUGUAACUUGCAGCAAGCAAGCAAUCAACUGUGACUAGUGUUUGUGAAGUGUAGUGCCUCCUUUCCGGAACUGUACAUCUCCAUCUGACUCACGACGUUUCACCGUAUUUACUUUUUAUAUCAGUAUCAAAAAUAUUGGUAUUAUGAUUACUAUAUUAAUAAGGAUAUCAACACUAUGAAUAGAAUACAGCCUACUUCUAUCGAAAAAAUAUUGAUAUUUACCAUACCUACAUAAAUUACGAGAACAAUACAACCACUAUACAAUUCAAUACUCUUUUUAUUGCACCAAAAGCGAAUAUUUACAGAAAAGAACCAUAUAAACAUAAAAUAAAAGGCACAAAGGCGGACUUAUCUCUAAAGCGAUCUCUUCCAGUCUACCUUGGGGUGGGAGGAAACGAUAAUGGAGAGAUACUACUAUACUUGUAAACCUAUAUUUUAUGUAAUAUUUAUUUCACUAUUAUAACCCAUAUUGGGAUAUAUCAAUAUUUAAUUGUUCAGUAUUUGGUGUACAUUAUGCAUAUCGUUAUUCUAAUAUGUUCCAGUGUAACCAGUGGUUCAGAUUGAUUUUAUUUUAGACCGGUAUUGUAGCUUUACAUAUUCGACAUAAAUGAAAAAAAUAACUCAAAAUAACCUAUAUUGAUACUACUGCUUACAACUUAAUAAUUGUAAGCAGUAGUAUCAAUAGUUUAUUUUGAGUUAUUGUAUUAUCUGUUUUUGAUUAUAUGAUAACUCGGCCAAACUACACAUUACAAACGAGUUAUAUUGCAGUGUUGUAUUUCAAUAAAACUCUUGCACACACAAUGAUUUAUGUUUCAAUAAAUAUAUACCAUAUUUGUUCAUAACUUACUCAAAACCGGUUUGAGAAGCUCAAUGUGCACAUAUGAUAUGAAUUAUAAUAAAGAAUACAUUGAAUUGGUCACUAUAUCUUACGAUAGUGACGAAAUUUACUACCAAGCGAAAUUGGGAGGCAAAAUGUACGUGGGUUCUUUAUUUUUUGGAUUUAUCAAAUCAAUUUUGAAUCCACAUUGUUUAUAAUAACAUUAUCGAUACUUAGCUUCGUUACUAAUAUUAUGAAUGCGAAAAUAAGUUUAUCUGUCACACUAUCACGGCUGAACUGCUUGGUUAAUAUAAAGCGUAAUGCGGAGCUGCAGGCAACAUCUAGUUAUUGGACAAAACUUAACCUAUAACUUUCCAUGGUCUUUGUCUACUAGAGAAUUGAUUCUAAAUUGAUUUUUACAAUAUAAAGAAUGUUAUGCAAUAUUGUGUUCCCAGUUUGUGCAAUAAAUUAAUAUGUACUUUACAGUUAUAUUUCGAAAGAAUAUAACGAACGGGUAUUCACUAUUUAGUAUAAACUUACUGUCAAAUGUAGGCAAAUGUGAUUGUGCUAAAUGAUAAGAAAUUGUAUUACUUAAUUUCGAAAUUAGAAUUUAAUCAGUGAAGCCUGAAGAUAGUGUUAAGUUUAAAAAAAACUACUAUUUAUUGUAGUCACACUUGCCUUCAUUGACUUGAUGUAAACAAAUGUAAUUAUGUUGAUAAAUAUAAUCUUAAUAAUAUUGUAAGUAACCUUGAUCUCUGAUUAAUCAAUAGAUUAAAUUAUAUUUUCGUAUUUUUAAAUUGUGUAAGUUGACUGCUUUGUUGAUAAAUGUAAAUAUUGUACAGUGUUACGAAACGUUGCUGUGAUUGAGAUCGGCGCGGCGGACCGGCCCUUUUAGCAAAGCGGACACUAAUGUAAUAAAUAAAUUUGAGUUAACAAAGUUACUACAUUUAUUUUCUGUUUUUUUUCCUACUUACAAUGUUUAGCAUUACAAUGUUGCAUCUUUGCUUAUGGCCCUGUUCGUCGCGCGUUACUCUCGCCUGUAAAAUUCACUACGUAUUCUCGUCUAUUCUCUGUAAAAAUGUCUUAUUUAUUAUUUAUCGGAGUACAAAGAUUAGAGUGCUAUGAAUAGCUAAAGCAAUCAAAAUGUCCUUACAGACUUAUGCCUAGUUCACAUGGGCUUAGUAGAAUUGUAAGUCACUUUCAAUAAUAAUUAAAAUAUUCAAGUUAUGAGUUCAUUAAGUCUUGUGUUUUUUUUUCCUCAAAAUUGAAAGUUUAUACAGGGAUAAGGCUGCCAAUAUUUUAUUUGAUUAUAAUGUUCUAUUUUAGUUUAUAUAAAUAUCUUUUUUGUUCCUUUAUUGCGACACAGUUAAUUUCUGUUUUUCCUGUGUGGCUGGAAAAAGUGCUUUUAGCAUUAAGUUUGCCAUUUGUUUCAGAACUAAGAAAUUUUAGGUAUUAGUAGUAACGCAGGACAAUACUAAGGAUAUGUGAACUAGGUGUUAAUCAGAGAAUUUAAAUUACCUCAAUUUGUACAGUGUGAAAAUAUAAAUACAAUUUCUAUCUUACUAAAUAGGCUAAGAGUUGACAUUUUAAUAAAUUUCUUGUUACUCAGUAAUAAAUUUAUCAAAUUACUAUUGAAUUUUUCGAAAUACAGUAUGCAGUCAUUUUGUUUACAUUUUUAAAUAUACUAACAAUUUUGUGUGUUACAGGUUUUUUCGUUUAAAUUAAUUUAAAUAUGGUGGUAAACUCCAUAUUUACAAUAAGAAAAAUGACUGGACACUGUAACCUAAAGACCAAAAUUAAAAAGUGUAGUAUUCACCCUCCUGUUUUUUAAAUUUGUAAAUAUAUAAAAACAUUCCUUUCAGUAGAUUGUUGAAGUUUUUGAACUUGGAUAGUGAAUAAUCAACUUAUUCAUAAAAACAUUAAUUUUCUCACCUUUCGUGGACUUUGAAUAGGUCGAAGCUAAGUUUGAGCUAUGGAAUAAUAAUAUCUCAGGGCCUAUUGAUGUAUAUUACAUAAAUUAAUGUAAACAUCUAUUAUAUACUUUAUUGUGAUUUUUAUGAAAAAGGUGGUAUACUUCAAACUUUAAGUACAUUUCUUUAUACUUAUACUAUUUUAAAAGUUACCAAUUUGUAUAAUAUUUAUAAGGAGGCUUAAUUAUACUAGUAUUAUGCCAAUUUAAUACUGUUGGAAUGUCUUUGACUUGGACCAUGAGCUUAGAAAAGAUGUAAACCCAUUUGAUUUUUAUUUUCAAUUAGAAACAUACAUAUAUGAGUCACUUAAUUAAAAAAUAAUUAUAUUUAACAAGUAUAUGAUAUAUUGAAAAGCAUUUGUAUAUCUUCUAUUGUCAAUUAUAAAGGUGAAAUAGAUCACUACUGUGUAUUUAUUGACUUUGUCAAUUUCUAAAAGUUUAAAAUGAGAAUUUACCUCUUAAGGGCAUUAUUACAAUAGUAUGAAGAUAAUUUAUUAAAAUUUAACAUCUUAUUUCUAAGCUCAUGAUUGGAAUACAGGAGUGCUCCGUGUCCUUAGAUGAAUGAUACUGGAUUUAAUUUUUUAGAAUCCAAUUUUGAAAGUAUCAUUUUACUAAAUUAUUAAAAUAUAAUGAAAAAAAUUCUGGUCACUCCACUCCUUUAAAAUUGAUAGUUAGUUGUUGUAAAUGAAUAAAUAAAUUUUGCUGAAAGUAUGCCACAAUUAUGUAUAUAUAAAUUGUAUGUGGCAGGCUUGGUCGACUGUAACAUAUAAAAUAUUUAUUCAAUAGGUACCAGGAUGAAGGUUGAAAUGCAGUCAGUUGUAGUUUUACAUAUGUAUUGAGAUUUCAAAAGUUAGGUUAGUUGCAUUUGCCAAAAUAAAUCUCCGAUCACUGUU